CCGUUGAAGUUGCUUGUGUCUUAUCGGGCAAAUUAAAUUUUAUUUAUCGCAGAAACCGGUUUAGAGCUAACAGCAAUUCCAAUCUUGAAAUAAUUUAGUUCUUGUGUCUUCGUUUUGCCCUCAAGCGUUUAAAAUGUUUCUCAAAUAUUUUAUUUUGUUUGUAACGCUUGGCGGUGUGUUCGCGCAAGAAUCUUCAAUGACGCUACCCCCGGAAGUCGCUGAGAAAAUUAGCGAAGAACAGAUAAAAGCUAUCCAAAACAAAUCGGAGGAGGCAUUCAAAGAACUAUGUGAUAAGAACGGAGGUCCAGAUGCUUACCCCAAGGCUAAGAGCGCGUUUAUGGAGUUCACGGGGUGCAUCAACGAGCUGGUGGACAAGGAUGUGCUGAUGGAGGAGGUGGAGAAGGCCAAGCCCACGGGACAGGUGGACGAAGUGUUCAAAAAGUACUGCGACAAGAUGCCCCAAUUCAAGUCCUGCUUCCUCAACCUGACUGAGAGCAUGAACCCGUGCGUCACGGCGGAGGAGCAGGCCAACUUGAAGACGGUGUACAACAUCACUGAACAGCUGGCCGAGUUCGUCUGCUACAAGGAGGGUGACAGGAUCGCCUUGUUCAUCAGCGAGCACGGGCCCGAGUGUAUCCAGGAGAGGGCUGCUGGUAUCCAGGACUGCCUGAACAAGACCAUGGGCGGCAACCUGACCGUAGACACCAGUAACCUCAGCAGUUUCAGCGUCAACAGCAUACCUAAGAUUAGAUUCGGGGAGAAGGAGUGCGGUCAGUUCUCUGAGCUGCAGACGUGCGUGGUGGGUGAGCUGGAGGGGUGCGCGUCCACCACCUCCGCCAACCUCGUCGAGGCGCUGUUCAAGUUUAUACGGAAGUCCUUGCCCUGCGCUGCUGUGCCGGACGAUGAGGAUAUUGUUGCUAAGAAGUUGAACAACGAACCUCAGAAGGCUGCUAGCGCCGCUUCUCCGCUGAUCAUCAAGUCCAUCACAAUGGCUCUUCUAGUUGUUACCUUACUUAUUUAAACAGUUGAGCAUAUUUAUUUAGUCGCUUGGCAUAAUUCCGAGAACACUCUAGAAAUAUCUUGAGGUAGAUUUAAGUCCUCAAAUAAAGUGUCAUUUGUCAGGGUUACCACUAACGACAUCUAUCUGUCAUAGUAGGUGACAUUUACUUUUUUUUAAUUCGAAACCCCAGAGUGUUAAGACAACUCGGUUUUAUGCCAACCCGUAUGUGUGUUGUGAAUGCCGUUAGUUCAAAACGCAGCUGGUAAGAGUAAGGAUAUUUUUGUAGUAUUUUUAGGGCUAUAUUACAAAUAUAUUGUCCAUAGCCUCACGCUUUUGAGCCAUAGAUAUAGUAAAUAAUUGUGAAACAGUGGUUCCGUUCAUCGUGUAUACGUAUAAUUUUUUAAUCGAUUUUGUUUGUUAAUAGGUAGUAUUUUAAAUCUACCAUUCCGCUUCCGUUAAAAUCUUCCAAUUUAAGAUUAAUGACAUUCCAUUUUCUUCUGGCAUUUAUUAAUGCCUUUGUAAAAAUAAACCACCGAUAAACGAAGUUAUUACUUACAAUGUUGAAGUUGUGGCGCCACUGUCAUAAAUUAACAAACGUCAUUGGUUCGCCACUACUCGCUGUCAAAUAUUGACCAAUCAAAAAGGAAUGAAUUUUUGACAGCGGCGGUCUUCAAUAGAAAAUUAGAAACAUGGAAUGAUGAGAGUUUGAAUAGAAUUAUAUUUAUCAAAGUGCCAAUGUCACCAUGGUCUGUUAAAUUAAAUGGUCCACUAAAUAUCUAGUUGUCUCUUUCGCUCUUUCAGUGCAAGAAAUGGCAUAAAAUUAUAACAGUUGGUUGAAACUAACAUACCUUGGUGAUAGGCAAAUUAGAUGCCUAAUAGGUGCAAACUACAUAUCGAAAUAUUUUGCCAAAUCAUAGCUUCCAAUGCGGCAUGGCCGUUGUGUCAUCAUUUUUGAACUGACGUAGAUGUUAAUCCGUUGGUUAGUUGGCGUAGAAUGGAUUUUUAACCGGAGUUUAGGGCAAUGGUGAAAUAGGAUAGGUGUGUUUGGUGUUUCAUGAUUGCUUACGAAUUUAGUUUGCCUGUGAUGUGUGCAGCUGUUUUACGAGUAACAUUAUAUUUUGAUGGUUUUUAUUUUUAUACGUUGUCUUAACAUUUGACAUCAAUUAUGUUUUAAUAAACUUAAUUAUAUUUUUUCAUGUGCUUAUGUAGGAAGUUACUUUAACGGCCGGCACAUUAGCUAUUUAUUUAGAAGUAAGCAAAAUAUUUUAACUGACUUCCCAACUUUGUGACUUGUUAACUAGUCAGACUUCAUGCUUUGUUUUAGCAAUAUUGUUCCUUACAAUACAGCACAAAUUUUAUGUUACUACAACUAUUGUGAUACAAUACAGGUUAAAAUGCUAAAAUUAAAAUGUAUAAUGGGUGUAACCCACAAAAAGAAUGAUAGAAAUAUGCUUAAAGCAAAAUAUAUAAUACCGCAAGUCUUUUGCAAUUGUAGGUCAGUUUCACCAACGCUUGUUAUUACUGAUCAUUGAUUAAACGCUCUCUCUCAUUGUUCGUAUGAAUGAAAGAGAAGGCGUGAUGAUUAGACCAGCGCUUUACACUAGCAGGCGAUGGUGUAAUUGAGACAGUUAACUGUUUUGUAGUCAGUUACCGUUAGUUAUAAUCAAAAUGUAUAAAUAAAUUUAUAUUUCUUUGCUCAAGUAAUUAAAAUGUCUAAUAAUUUCUUAUUUGUUUGUUGUUAAAUUGAGAAAUUUGUGUAAAAGUUGCAAGCCUAGGUACUGUGAUGUGAUGAGUAAUGUGAUGUGGGUAUUAAGGCUACUUUUGAGCUCGCAUUAGGUUAAUUUUUCUAGGCCGGCCUAUAUAUUAUUUGAGGAGUAUUAAAUACAUUUCAAAUCAUUGACGAAGUACAAAACAUUAAAAAAAUUACGCAUUCAGAGCAUAUAAAACACUUUUGCACGAUUUCCAUUAUUUAAACUUUUUAGCAAACUUUGAGCACUAGUUAAAAGAUGUCCACUUGCAUCCGGGGUUACUGCUAAUCGAGUUUAACCUAGAUUUAACUUUAACCCAGAGUUGUGCAAGUGGUCUCAAGAGUAUUUCGUUGAUGAUUUCCAUGACAUUUUCAAGUUAUUUGUAAUUUUAUUGUAUCUUUUAAAAUUGAAAUUGGAUGUUGUGAGCUAAUUUUGUAAAUGGAUGUUGCUUUAUAAACGGUCAAUAAGAUA